AGCAACGUUAAUCCUCUGCGGCUCUACCCACAAAUGGUAUUGACAAUCAAAUUUAACAAGGACAUUUCACCGGGAAAGUUUCGGUGGCGUCCGGUUACACUUUCUGCCUGGCGAAAGAUUACCAUCGACUGAGGCGCAUAUUGACAGUUGUCUGUACUCCACGGGCGGAGCUUCACACAUGCAACCAACGCGACUGCAAAGCAACUUUAUUGAACUACAAGCACGGCGCACGCAUCGUUUCAGGUCCACCAGAAAUGGUUAUAGCUGGCUCCUUCGACGUUGUACGUUUGUUGAAAUCCUCACUUGUUACUGCAUGGGUUCUUUACUGUAUGUUUUUUUCUGCUUGUCCUUACUCCGAUUUCGCUAAUUUCGCAUGGGUAUAUAGUUUUGUUCGAUAAAAAAUGGAGACUUAUGCGAAUGUUAGUUAAAUCAGCGCUGGAAUCGUCAGCAUAAUGUCCUCAGGCACUGCCAGCUAUUUUCUCCAGAAGGAUGGUUAGAGAAAGUCGACAUCUAUGGGUCGGGUAUUUACCGGAAAAGAUACAGGAAGACGAAUUAAUUAAAUAUUUUGAAAGAUUUGGUCCGGUUCAGAGCGUUAAAUUAGUGAGAGACGUUAAUAAGGCGUCUGGCACAUCCAUUUCAGCAUCCGGUUCUCCCGGUAGUUGUGAGAGUGAGUCGGGAACCAAUGCAUCUGUUUCUGCUGCUGUGGCAUUUAUCGACAUCAAAUCGGCCAGUCGUGCUCAUGCCGCACAGCACUCACUCGAUGGUCGAACUCUUAAAACGGCUUAUUAUGACGCACACGCCAACAUCGUGCAUACGGAUAACAAUACAGGCAGUAACAAUAUAGCGGCUACAGCAAAAACAUCGUCCCUCCUAAGCGGAAAUGCUGUUGCUGGUGGUAAUGCUGCGGCUGGAGGUGGUGAUGCUGUUCCUGCCACGGUAACUGCGGCAGGGUCUGCUGCGUCUUCUGACGACGACCGAUCUCAUGUUUCUUCUGCACCAAAAUCUGCGACCAAAGCCCGGCGACACUCUUGCAGUAAUCCAGAGAACGAAGGAUUGUCUUCGCGGUUAUCCACUGAUCAGUCCGAUACUGGUACUCCUCCAGAUACUCCUGGAAUAUGUGCAACUGUGCGAACCAGAUUGUUGCGACUGGCAUCUUCCGCUAGCAACGCGAAUGCCGCGUCCAUUGAAAGUGGUACCACCCCUUUGGAUAAACCCAAUCGAUCGCAUCCUCAUCCGCGAAUAAGGGGUAGGGAUUCUGGUGGGAAUAGCCACGACGAACGAGAGCGUCAUUUCGGUCCAGGCGGUCGGGAGAAUACUAAAGCGCGCACGACGUCAGCGGCUGAUUGGGAUACCAAUAGUCUUUCACAAAGUAGCGCCACAGCGAUCCACACGUGCGAAACGGCAAGUCAUGGCAGAGACAGUCGGGAGUCUUCACCUGGAAGCCAAGAAAAUGCUGGCUCAUCGGCAUCGAGCAGCGGCAAACCGGCUGUGUUUGACACAUUAUCCCAUGAUAAGCAACCGUUAGCUAUCUGUGUUCGGAAUUUACCCUCCCGGUCUUCAGAUUCUAGCAUCAAAGAUGGCUUAUUUCAUGAAUACAAGAAAUAUGGAAAGAUUGUGGCUGUGAAGUUAGAAGGAAGCGGUAACGACCGAUAUGGAAUUAUUUGUUUUAAGCGUUCUGAAGAUGUGGAAAAAGCCUGUGAUAUGUCCAAAGACAAAAAGUUUUUUGGAGCUAGCGUGCAAGUGAGCAUUCGAAAGGAACCGGUGGAUUUGGUGGAUGCCGAUUAUCGGCUGAAGGACGAUGAAAUGGAUGAGUACCAUCCAAAAGCAACGCGGACAUUAUAUGUGGGCGACCUGGAGAAGGGUAUUGGAGAAAGUGAGCUAAGGGAAACCUUUGAGAGUUUCGGUGAAAUUUUGGAUGUGGAUAUCAAACGACAAGCAAACGGUAACUCGUAUGCCUUUAUCCAGUUUACCGACAUCGGGAGUGUUGUGAAAGCGCUGCGAAAGAUGGAAGGCUGCACCGUGGGCGUGAGUCGUGUUAAAGUUGGAUUCGGCAAGAGCAUGCCGACAACAUGCAUUUGGUGUGAUAACUUGCCGGAUAAGAUUGGAGAACGUCAGCUGAUGACCUUCUUUGCACGGGCCGGUCCAGUGCGAUACUGUACGGUUAAUCGGAUGAGUGGACAGGGGCUGGUUUUUUAUGAAACUGUGGAUUUUGCUCAAACUGCCAUUACCGAUCUCAGAUCCAUCCUUACAGGCCGAAGAUUGCAGCUGGAUUAUGCCAGCCGAGAAUGUCAGGCAGCAUUUUUCCAAGAAAUGGAACGUUCUGGCCAAAUGACGAUGGAUCGCAUUAAAGGCGAGCCGUGUUGGGAAGCCUUAGCGCACAAUGGGAAUGGAGCAAGAUUCCCUGAACGUGAACCAUUUCCUCCGUUUACUGAUGCUCGAGCCCAUCUGAAUCGGCAAAAACAGGAAAAGCAGCGAUUUAGCAGACACCCAGGCGGCAUAGUGGAGAAUACUCCAAGGAUACGAACAUUUCAGUCGUUUGGUGCCGACCGUCCAACUGAAUUUGAAGAUUCCUAUGAGCGCGAACUCUGGGAUUACGGCUAUAGUCAGCGUGAGCGACGCAGCGAGAAACGCACCGGUGAUAGUCCUGGCGCUGUGCGCGAAAACGGUUUCUCCCGGCAUGACACCUCCGACGUGGAAUCCGUAUACAGUGAUCAGAGUGAGCACUCCAGUAACAGGCGUCUUUUCCGCAUUCUGAGCCCGUCGCCGCCUCCUUCGAUGAACAGUCGCAACAGCAGCGCCCGCCGCCAGCGUUCCAAUACCCUGGCGUACACACGCCAGAACUCCAAGAACCAUGACCGCACUCGAAGCGUGUCGCCUUCCUCUCCGAUCUCACCUAGUCUGGAAGAGCACAAUACUGCCAGCAACGGGGAACGGCCCUCCCAACGAUCUCCUGCACGUCGACCGUCCGAUCCCCAGCAGCGUCGGCGAGAUACGAACACUGCCAGUCGCCUACGAUCUCUGUCCCGUGAUUCGCUGGAUUCCGAGACGGCAUCACCGCAGCGGCGCAGAAGUGGGCCCCAUACGCCGGACAGUAUGGAGCAACAUAAAGAGGACAGUGCGGUGAAUCUUCCUAUGACGCAUACCAAAACCCACGGGGAUACUGCAGAUACCGAUGCACCGGCUGAGAAGGUUGAUAAACCGGGAAAGACCGAUGCACCCGUGACGAGCACCAGUGUGGAAUCCGUCCUGCCUGAUAGUAACACACCGGAAGUAUCAUCCAGUAAAGGUUCCCAGAUACCCUGCUCAACCAGGCGGAGUUCGACCGCCUCAGCCACGUUGGAGACCGGCAGCGACGUGGUCACUUCGACCGUGUCCCAUGCCGUUUCACCGAAUUCUUGCCAUGAGCCCGUGGUGCCGUCGUCACCGGAUUCUGAGAGUUCCAAGAAAUCAGAGCCGCCGCCAUCAAGAUCUAUUGUGUGUGGCCCGAUGCCGGCAUUCUACCAACAGAGGAUCAACAGCAGAAAUGAGCUAAGUCUUCCACCGGCCGAUCUGUUACUUCCGGAGUUUGCCAGUCCCAUGGGCAGUGAAUUGAGCCAUCGUGAAGGCAGCCACAGACGCGAUGACGACGCUCCCACACCACCGUCGUCUCCCAAGCAUCGCAGUUCGUUCCAUGACCGCAUGAAGGCGCUGGACGAAAAGUUUGAAAGAAUCAGCUCGGUGUCAGGGAUUGUGAAUCAAUUGAAGAACCGCAGCGUAUCUGUGUCGGAGAACGCCGAUAAAUCAUCCAAGGCGGCCUUGGUCAAACGGAAUUCUGAUUUUAGCAGUGGUUCAUUACCAAAAAUCCCGGAGCACACAUCCCACUUUCGGUCCCCGGAGAGAGUGGGCCUGCAUGGCGAAGAUGCGACUGCGGUUCAGGUGAAGUCUGAACCAUGGACAACCGCUCAGACAUCGUCAGCCGCCACACUAUCAAAUAUUGCGCGGUAUGCAGCGAAUCCGAAGUUCACAGUGCGAUCUGUGACCAGCACAGCGCCUGCCUCCGUUCCGGAUAAGGCCGAGACGUCGGAGCCUGCGUCCACGUCGAAACCAGUGACUUCGGAUAUCAGCGCUAAAAUCCUUUCCAUAACUGCCGAAGCGUCUGCAAAAUUUUCUCAACAGCAGCACCAAAAGAUUAAGACCGAGCCUGAGACAAAGCAUGCCAAAUCGGACGGGUCCUCUAGUAAUGACCGAAAGGACGAUCAUGGAAAAUCGCAUGCAGCUCCUGUCAAAGCCGAAUCGUCCUCGAAAAAGAAAACGGAGCCAAGCAAAGCUGAGAGUGCAACGUCGAAAAAGCCUCCGCUUGUAAAGACCGAGAGUACGUCCAGUGUGAAAGCGGCAUCGCCAUCCAAGCCGGUCGAAAAAGUGGAUACUAAAGCAGCGGUAGAAUCCAAGAAGACCGAACAGCGAUUGACCAAACAGUCCGAAAGCAAGUCCAAGGGAGGGGAUUCCAAAGGCGCCAGUAGUGUAUUGGGAUUAUUUUUUGGUGAGGAUCCUAAUGCCAAGAUGUUCAGAAAAAAUAUUCAAGUUCUUACGCCGCAUGCCAUGAAACUGGAGAAAGAGAAGGCCGAAAGGGCUGAACGGGAACGAGAAAAGCUGGAAAAGGAGCGGCUGGAAAGGGAACGAGUGGAGAAGGAAAAAGCGGAGAAAGAACGCAUUGAGAGGGAGCGAGUAGAAAAACUGGAAAAAGAGCGUCUCGAAAAAGAACGUAUUCGUGCGGAAAGGGAGCGGGAAAGGCAGGAGAAGGAGCGCCUGGAGCAAGAGAGAAUAGAGAAAGAGCGCGCCGAAAAGGAGAAGGCCAAGAUUUUGGCGGAAAAAUUGGAAAAAGAGAAGCAGGAAAGAGAGCGCGCGGCACGUUUGGAAAAAGCUGCCAAAGAAAAGGCGGAGAAGGAACGGCAGGAGAAGGAGCGCCACGAGAAAGAGAGGCUGGAAAAAGAGAAGCAGCAAUUAGCAGCUGAGAAGUCCAGCAGUAAAAAAACCGAAAAACUUGUUCCGAAAGUGGAUGAGGUGCCCCAGGAUUUGUCCAUGAAAAAGAAGGAAAAAGAACCUGUUAUUGUGACCGUUCCGCAUAGAUCUUCCGUUAAAUCAGAGACGAAACCUGUGAAACAAGAACCGAGCAGCUCGGUGAGCAGGGUGAAGGAAGAGGCUGAACCACUACGUGGGCUGGCAGCGUUAGCACGUCAGUGCUCCACAACGACAGACGAAGACCGAAAGCCGAAGCCUGCGGAGAGUGCUUCGAAACCGGUGUCUAAAGCCCCAGAUGUACCAGUAAAGCGUCCUAAAAUCAGUUUGUUUGGCGGUGAAGAGCCCCGGCACAUUGUAUCAAAAGAGAAGGAAAAGAAACCAGAGCCGGAGAAGAAAGUUAUUAGAGAAGAGAAACUGGUGCGAGUAGAGAAGGAGAUUAAAGUCAAGCGGAAACGCCUCUCUUCGUCGAGCUCGAAUUCUGUGUCGCGAUCACCAUCACCAGUUCGGCGUCCACCGGCUGCGCCUGGUAAAAAACCAGUAGACCUUUCCGGUUCAGAGAAAAAUGAAACUGCUCCUUCGGCGCCACGAAAACGGGGUCGGAAGAAGAAGGUUGUAAGGGAAACAUCAUCAGAGUCUGAAAACAGCAGUGACGAGGAGCCACCUAAGAAAAACAUUUUUGAAGUGUCACUCAAUCCGGAAGAUUUGCAGUGUUCCAUGUACGACAAGAUUAAGCGCAGAGCCUGCACGAAAACGGUGGCGCCGCCCGUUGCUCCCGCUGCAUCUUCCAGGCCCAGUGCGGUAGCUGCCAGGGAAUCCAUGAAGAAAGAUUCUCCCGCGAGAAAAAACAGCAUUGUUAAGCAGUCCCGUAAUUCCAGUAUGGUGUCUUCCAGUGAAGAGGAUGAAAAGGGUCGCAAAAUGUCUUCUUCAGCAACGGUCACCAGCCCAGAUUCGGAUUAUUCCGACAAACCGAAGAAGCCAAGUAAACGGAAAUCACCCGUGCAUAAAAAGCCACAAAAGUCGCAUCAAAAAAGUCGGAAGAUGGACUCGGAUUCCGAUAGUACAAGUGUUUCAGAUAGUGAUUUUUCACUGUCAGACACGGAAAAGAAGAAGUCACACAGAAAGGGACAGCUGAAGAAGGAUACGAAAUCCAGCCGGCGAUCGCGUAAAAGUUUGAGCGGGACAAGAUCGUCUAUGUCGAAUAGUUCUUCGGCAGACACAUCGGUUUCCGUUUCGCCAGAGCCGCAGAAGACCACGUCCGUGCCGGUUCCGGCGCCACAAUCGUCCGCUAAACCUUCGUCUCCUCCCUCAAAACCUGCACCAGUAUCUCAGAAGAAAAAAGCUGGAGUGAAAGACAGGGAGAAAGAUCGGCCAAAAUCGAAGUCACCGGAAAAGGAGAAGACACGAGAAAAAGAUAAAACACCGGACAAGGGCAAACCUCGUGCAGAUGACAAGCAAGACAAAGCAGGCGGUUUUGACGGUGACACCUACAAUCUGUCUAUGCUUAUGAAAAGUAAUUUUAUGGAAACUGCCAGUCGUGAAUCGAGUGUUGCGUCGCCGGCUACUGGGACACCUUUAAAACAAUCUACUUCACCGUCAAAAAUUCUGCAGACUAAUCAGAAAGCCGACAAGGGAAAACCUGCUCCGGCGGAGGUCAAACGGAAAGAAGAGAAGCCUCCUGUGGAGGCCAAAAAGAAGCCGGAUGAGCCACCGCCAAAGGCCAAAUCGAAAGAUAGUAAAAAUGUGGAGACUGAGGCAGCUAAACCUACAGAAAAGAUCCUCUCUCCAAAACGAUCGCCGGUGCAUGUCAAGUCACCUCCUAGAAUCGAACCCGUUAAGCAGCCGGUAUACGAAGAAAAGCCUCUGAUUAUAGAGCGACCGAAGGCGCCCGUGUAUGUACAACCGGUUCAUGAAGCUUCGCCAGAGCCGGAACCCCCGACGGAAAGCAACAUCGAGGAAGGUGAGGAAGCGGCAGCAGCGCUUCAGCAGCUAAUGGACAGUGAUCCGGUCCACGAAGAACCAGUUAUUCAUAUUCCCGACCGGGAUGACGGGGCUUACGGCGAGGACGGUAUGCGCGAGACGGAGCUGGCUGCCAGUAUAGCCAGUAUCGAAGCCGCUCCAGAAGUAAAACCUACUGUUGGUGUCAAAACCCUGGAAUCACCGCGGCAUGAGGUGGAGAGGAAACGCGAGCUCCCGGCAUCUAUGUACGAGCCCGUACCGCAGCCGGAAUUCCGACCGAUACCAAAGGUAGACGUUGCGCCCGAACAGCGGGAACAUAGUGCAGCUGCCGCGAAACAUGAUCACGAUCGACAUCGCACGAGCACCACAGAGCGUGCGGCACCGGCUGGGUUAGUUCCUCCUGCCGAAGCUGCUGCCCCGCCGCAGCAUAUCUCAAAAAUGCCCCAGAAUGCACCGAUCGCGCAGCCGGUCCAAGAAAUGCAGUACCAUGCGCCGGUGAUGCACGGUACAGUUCGCAAUGCCGCGGAAGCCAUGUUGAUGGAAGAAAUGGAGGCGAAGCGUAUGAAGAAAAACCGGGAGCCUGAACAUCAUGUGCAGCCACCGGCGCAUCCGAUUAUGCCUCAGAAUGUGGGACUUCAGCUGCAGCCGGCCAGUGUGGUGCAUCAGUCAACUUCCAAACCUUCACCCAUGCAGAUGCAACCCUCUGCCCUUUCCCCCAAGUUUGACCAAGGAAAGAUGGAGGAACAUUUCGCGCAGAUGCAGCGUCCGCACCAGGAAAUUAAUCCGGCCAUGUUCAUGCAACAACAGAUGGGUUUUGCUGCUGGUGGCAUGGCCACAUCGCAGGCAUUCCGUCCACCGUUGGCUGGAUUUCCUCAUGGAAUGCACGUUCCUGGUCGGGAUGAACUGAUUGCCCUGCAGCAACAGCAGCAGCAACAACAGCAACAUCCACAACAACAGCAAAAUGCAUCCGCGCAGCUACAAGGACAGCUGCCACCGCCCCAGGGACAUCCAGAAUCCAGGGAUCGAAAAAGUAAAAAGCGUAAGGCGAGUGUUGCGGAAGAAAACGUCCAGCAGCAUUCCACCCAUGUCCCCAAUCAGCCGACUAUGGAUAUGCAUGCCGCUCGGAUGAUGCUUCAACAACAGGGCCAGUUCACUCCUCAAGGCCAGCAGCUGCUAAUGCGGUUCCCGGGCCAGAAUAUGCCCCAGUUACCACCACAGCAACAGCAGCAACAGAUAGUACACCAGCAGCAGCAGCCGGCGCCAUCGCAGUUUCCCCCGCAACAACAACAACAACAGCCUCAGCAGGGCAAACAGCCGAUUUUCGGGCCCGGUUCGCAUAUGCGUCCACCGUCCGCUGUCCCGUCAUCGUCGCAUCCUACUAACGACAUGGCGCGGGGAAAUACCCACGGCCAACCGUCAGGACGUUCGCAUCUUCCCGUACCGUCUCCACAUAAGACGGACGGUCACCACGGCACCCCCUCUCCGGUGAUCAGCCAGCCCAAAUCCAACAGCCAUCCGCAGAUGCCCAGUCCGGUACCACCAAGUCCACAAGGAAUGCAACCGAGUCCGCAGAUGCCGCAUCAUCACCCGCCGGCACCUGUCGAAGCGACCAAACAGAAAUCAGGCGGCCAUCACCAUAAUCAGUCGCAACAACCGCAGCAGCACCGGAUGCAGCCGGUCAGUGCGCAUAGUGGAACGCCAGCACCGAAUGUGCCUUCCUCGGCAUCGGUUCCCGUUAUUAUGUCCACGAUUGGACGGCCGGCGCAGGCAAUGCACCCGCUGCAGGGAUUGGCUGGGAACAAUAGCGGCGGUUUGGUGAUUAACUCUGCAACCGGUGCACCGAUGUUUAUUCCUGCUGCCCAACAGCACCACCAGCCGGCUGUUCAGGAGAAGCAUCAUAAAGAAAAUCAACAGAACACUCGUGCAUCCGCCAUUCAGUCAUCGCAGUCAUCAUCCCACAGCACUCCGGCUGUACAUCACAACCUGCUGCUGGGAGCAGUCACAGCUCUCAUGGACGAAGUAGUGCAGCAGUGCACGGCCAGUAUCCGUCUCAAAGUCAACCGCAUCCUAAUCCUUCGCCAAUGCCGAUCGACCCGGCUCUUCGCCCUGCUGCAGGGCUUCAAUCCCAAUGAUUCGCGUGCCAUGAGUGGUGCUAUUGCCAAACUACUACAACAUCCUCACCAGCAGAACAUGUCAGAGUUCCAAAAAGAACAGCAUCAGCAGCACCAAGCUCCGUCGCAUCCCAACCGACCGGAACCCAUCAGUCUGCAGUCAUCCGCCGAGAAGAACCGGUCACAGCAGGAAGCCGCCCGGCACACACCAGCCAACGUUUUGCGGCCGAACAGCACGGUGGCUUUCUCCACGGCGUCCGGUCUCAUCCCGGGCGUGGAUGUUCCGAGUGCGUUCUUGACUCCCCAGUUUGUCUAUGGACCUUAUGGAUUUCCACCGGAGAUGGUCCAGGCAGGAGCAAUGGACGGUCGACUGCCGUUGGGCAUGAACAUGGCAGCGUUUCGCCCGCCGUUUAUGGCUUCGGGGCUGUCGGAGGCUAAUCUGCAGCAGGCCAUGCAUGCCGCCGCUCAGGCCGAAAUUCGAGGGCACCACCAGAGUGGACAUGACAAGCUGGAGCAGUUGCAGCAUCUCCAGAGAAUGGACAGCGCUAGCGGACAUCAGCAGCGCAGCCAGUGGCCAUCCGGGAUUGCCAUGGGUGGUCUGGCCGCCAUGCAGCCGGGACCAUCGAUGCCAGCAGUGAAUUCCUUCCCAGUAGUCUGGCAGGGACACCUAACGCUCAAGAACGAUCAAGCCUUGGUUCGCAUGCAUAUUAUUUCAGGAAAUCAGGAAUUAUCGCGGUUAUCGCUUCCUGGAUUUCCUGAUCCCAGUCAGAAUGUGCUGAAGAUAUCGCAGCGUAUGCGCCUGGAACAGGCCCAACUCGAUAGUGUCUCUUCUCGAAUGAACGAUGCAGACGCGCACUGUAUAUUAGUGGCUUGUGCUACCGCAAAGUCGGCUGCUGAACAGGCUCAUCAGGGCGAAAUGUUACGGAAUGGAUUUGUGAACUAUCUCACAGCAAAACAGGCAGCUGGUAUUGUUAACGUUGCCCCGCACGGCCCGAAUAGCUCGAUACAAUAUGUAAUUCACAUCUUCCCACCAUGCGAGUUUUCCAAUCAGACCUUGGCCCGCUUUGGACCUAAUGUUAUGCAGGCCAUAGAGCAGCAGCCGCAUCUUUUUGUUGUCAUCACUAAAAGCAUGGUGUAACUAUGACGCCGGUCAACUUGCUGAAGUCCGUGAAGAAGUAUCCGCAGUCUCGUUCAUCAACAAAUCAAAGCCUCGUACUGCCAGAAUUGUAACGAUGUUACCCAGAAGUAUUCGUAAAAUGGAUGAGAGAUCCAUGCAGGAUGGAUGAUUCCAGACGAAAUCGAUACCGAAGCAGCUUACACCCAGGGUCGAGCAGCGAACGAUCGGAUUUGGUAUAUGGUUUGCAAAUUUUUAAAUUUUGUUCUCUCCGCGAAUGAAAACGUCAGUGUGGCUGUCGGUUGGAACGCGGCAGUAUUAUGUACAGAGAAUUGCCCCUACUGGUAACUUAUGUUAACAGUUGAUUUUACAAUCAUGUGUUCUUGAUAUUGUAUAUCGCAUAUUGUAUUUUUAUUACGCUUAUUUUAUUUGCAUAUUAUUUACUUGAAUUUUAGUAUUAUCUGAGUUUUCGUGUCUGUUGUUCUUUGUUGUAUUUUUUCUCAGUGUUUGAGUUUUCAGAGGUAUUCAAUAAAGGAAAAACCUAGA